UGAAAAACAACCUUUGCCUUUAGUUUUACUUUAACCACUUCCCGUCCGGCCCAUGUAUAUAAACAGCCGGAUGGGAGCAGUGCAGGGGCGGGUGGCCGUUUAUAAAUGUCCCCCUGCUCCCUGCUUGUGCUCGCUCCCUGGGAGCACGCAGCACCUGCGAUCCAGAACACCGAUCGUUGUGAGGUCCCGAUCAUGUGAUCACUGAUUGGCCAAUCAGUGAUCACAUGCAAAGUAGUAAGCAAGAUGUCACUUGUGACAUCAUUGCUUACUACGUGUGAAAUCUGUGAAUGAUCACAGAGAUCACAUGGUACAAGGC